UCAAUUUUGUCUGAAGCAGAAGUUUUUUGCGUCUGUCGCUCCUCGCCUUCCGCGGAGAGCUGCUGAAAAACUACCGCAGAGAAGAGAGAGAAAAUAGGCAGAGUUCGUGGGGAGAAAGAGAGAAAGAAGGAGGGUGAGACAGACAGAAAGAGAGGAAGAAGAAGCCGAGGGAGGACCGUUAAUUUCAUCCAUAAACCGACUCUGAAUGCGUGGCGGAGCCGAGCUGCAGGAAGAAAAAACCCAGCAUCGAGAUACAAAAACCAGUCUAAAUGUAUAACAUGGAUCAGGACCAGUACGAUGGCGAUGGGGAGAUUGCCUACAUGCACCAGGAGGAUGACUGGGAUCGGGAUAUGCUCCUGGACCCUGCAUGGGAGAAACAGCAGAGAAAGACAUUCACAGCGUGGUGUAACUCCCACCUGAGGAAAGCAGGAACGCAGAUCGACAACAUCGAGGAGGACUUCCGGGACGGACUGAAGCUCAUGCUGCUGCUGGAGGUCAUCUCAGGUGAACGCUUGGCCAAACCAGAGAGAGGCAAGAUGAGAGUCCACAAGAUCUCCAACGUCAACAAAGCGCUCAACUUCAUCACCGGCAAAGGAGUGAAGCUGGUGUCCAUCGGAGCCGAGGAGAUCGUAGAUGGCAACGCUAAGAUGACCCUGGGAAUGAUCUGGACCAUAAUCCUCCGCUUCGCCAUCCAAGACAUUUCUGUGGAAGAGACGUCUGCCAAAGAGGGGCUGCUGCUGUGGUGUCAGAGGAAGACGGCGCCCUACAAGAACGUCAACAUCCAAAACUUCCACAUCAGCUGGAAAGACGGGUUGGGUUUCUGUGCACUCAUUCAUCGACACCGUCCAGAACUCAUCGAUUACGCAAAACUGCGAAAGGACGACCCGAUGACCAACCUGAACACGGCCUUCGACGUCGCUGAGAAAUACCUGGACAUCCCCAAGAUGUUGGACGCAGAAG